UCCGCCCGACCAUCGGAUGAUGGAGAGAUUCCAGAGGGCGCUGGCCGCUCUGCUGAGGAAACAGAUCGGGAAACUGGACCUGGACAUGGUGGAGCUGCGGAAGGACCAGCGGUCCCGCACCAAACACGGCGAGUCGUGCGGCGUGCAGCUGUACGAGCGGCAGCUGCAGCUGGCCAGACAGCAGCAGCAGCUGCUGCAGCUGCAGCAGCGGCUCUCGGAGGCCGCCGAGGCGCGGGCAGCUGCCGAACAGACGCUGACCGCCGUCCGAUAGAGACAUGGCGAGAUUGGCGAUCGUCUGGAGGCCGACAGGG